ACCCCAACCAACAAGCAAAGAACACGACGUUUCCGUUCCACAACUGUUUUCUACUUGUUCAAGGCUACCCCCCCCAAGUUCAUAGACCCUGCUUUAUUCAACGAUAUCGACGCCCAUUUCUGAAAUCAAUCCACAAAAGCCUUCUUCGAUCGUUACAACCCUUGAAUUGCCUCAACUCCAUGGGGUCGAAUUCGUCUCCUUCCAAUACGAUUCCUGUUGUUUCCACUUUCGCCUCCCCCUUUCAGAAUUCUCAUCAGCCUGAUGCUACGCGAAAGGCGCUCAGCUUGUGGCCCGGAAUGUACCAUUCGCCAGUGACUAACGCUCUGUGGGAGGCCAGGUCUAAGAUCUUCGAGAGACUCCUCGAUCCACCGGUUGAUGCGCCUCCACAGAGUCAAUUGCUCACCAAGACCCCGUCCCAGACCCGGACUACAGUUCUCUAUAAUUUCUCCACUGAUUAUAUACUGAGAGAGCAAUACAGGAAUCCGUGGAACGAGGUCAGAAUUGGGAAGUUGCUUGAAGAUCUUGAUGCUCUUGCUGGCACCAUCUCAGUCAAGCACUGCUCUGAUGAUGAUAGCAUGACAAGGCCUCUCUUGCUAGUCACUGCUUCUGUUGACAAAAUGGUGCUGAAGAAGCCAAUCAGUGUUGACAUUGAUCUGAGAAUGGUUGGUGCUGUUAUAUGGGUUGGACGAUCUUCAAUUGAGAUUCAACUAGAAGUCACUCAGUCAACAAAUGAGAGCUGUGAUGCUUCAGAAACAAUAGCUCUUACAGCCAACUUCAUAUUUGUGGCCCGUGACUCUAAGACUGGAAAAGCUGCUCCAGUUAACCGACUCUCUCCAGAAACUGAACAAGAAAAGUUAUUUUAUGAAGAAGCAGAAGCAAGAAGUAAACUGAGGAAAAUGAAGAAAAUCUAUGACAGGAAGGAAAUUGAGAAUGGGGAUGUAAACAGACUUGCAGCUUUAUUGACUGAGGGACGCAUAUUGUGCGACAUGCCAGCCUUGGCUGAUAGAGACACCAUCCUUCUUAGGGAUACACGUCUUGAGAACUCUAUGAUCUGUCAGCCGCAGCAAAGAAACAUCCAUGGUCGGAUUUUUGGCGGGUUUUUGAUGCUCCGAGCAUUUGAAUUGGCCUUCUCAACUGCUUAUGCGUUUGCUGGCAUGAUGCCUUACUUUCUUGAAGUCGAUCAUGUUGAUUUCUUAAGACCCGUGGACGUUGGAGAUUUCUUGCGAUUCAAAGCAUGUGUCUUAUACACAGAGUUGGAGCACUCAGAUCAGCCUUUAAUUAACGUUGAGGUUGUCGCUCAUGUUACGAGGCCUGAGCUCAGGUCCAGUGAGGUAUCAAAUACAUUCUACUUCACAUUCACUGUCCGCCCAGAGGCAAAGUCUCUGAAGAACGGAUCUAGGAUUCGGAAGGUGGUUCCAGCUACAGAGGAGGAAGCCCGAAGGAUUCUAGAGCGCAUGGAUGCCGAGUCAUUGCGGAUCCUCAAAAUUCCAAGCAACUAAUCACCUCAGUUUAAACACAUUUAUAGACAGCCCAAAGGCUGGAUUAAAUAGGAUUUGCACAUUCUAGUCACAUACAAGUAUUGAUAUCGUUACCUUCAGUCUGGAUCCAUCUUACAACUGGAUUACUGUUCCUGAUAAUGUGAUUUAAAAAGAUUAUAAUGGAUUGAAUAUUAUGAUAGCACUGGUUCCGAA